AUGAAGCAACAACAAUGGAUGCAGCCAAGUGUUGGGCCACAACCGAGGCCACAUUGUAACAUUGCUGAGUUUAAGAAGAUAGCCUUGGCAUUUGACGGAGCCACAAACCCUUUGGAGGCUGAAAAAUGGUUGACAGAAAUGGAAAAGUUGUUUCCCAUUUUUGAAUGUACGGAUGAUCAGAAGGUGACCUAUGCUACGUUUAUGCUACAAGGGAUAGCUAAUAAUUGGUGGCAGAUGGAGAAGCGCAUACAUGAGCAUGAUGCCAACCCCUAUACAUGGGAAAGGUUUAAGAAUGCAUUCAAUGAGAAAUACUUCCCUAGGAGUGUGAUUCCUUUCGAGUUACCUACUUUUGGAGCAAUGUUGAGUAAGGCAUUAUUGGUUGAGAGUGGCCUCACUAGAGCCCAAGAAGAUAAAGAAGAGAAUUAUAAGAAGAGGCCUAGUUCUUCUAACUUUCAAACUAACAACAGUUCGAAGGGAAAUGCUAAGAGACAAAACCCUUCUUACGUUAGGAGUUGGGGAAGUCGAACUGUGGGUGGUAGUGUUGACAAGAAGAAUGAUCGAGUACAGUGCACUAGAUGUAAUGGGUUCCAUCGAGAUAGUGAGUGUCGUUGGAAUACUGGGGCUUGUUUCUCCUACGAGCAACAAGGGCACAGGAUAGCUGAUUGCCUAACCGGAAGUGGCGUGAGACUGAACAGAAAACAUGGACAAAUAAAGGAGCAUCAAUAG